AUGCUAUCCGCGCCCGCGGAGCGCCCAAAAGCCAGGUCUCCGGUGAUCACGAACACCAGCAUAAAAGUGCCGCGUCACUGGCAAAGCCACCUUCCUCGAAGCUGCUUCUCCCUUCUCCGAUUGCAGUUCCGCCAAGCAUGGCGGCGACCAGCAUGUUCGAAGAAUGUGGUCGUCCUUUUCAGAGUGGAACUCCUUUCUGCAAUGGUUGACCGAUGUCCCUUUAUAUUGGGCCUAUUGGCAUGUGGAAUUUUGAAUAGCUGGCAGAUGCAGAAACCUUCUGAAGAACCAACAUAUGCUUUACAGUUAUGUGAGAUUGGCGAUCCUAUGAACAGUGUGGAUUUUGUUGACUUUGGCGACUUAGAUGCUACUGCCAUUACACAUCCCAGAGAGGAGAUUGCUGAAGAGAUGGCUACAGAGAACCCAGAGGGGUUAUACCCCUUGGUUGGAACAUUGAUGAUGUGCCCAUGCAUACCACCUUCUUCAAGGGGACCUGGAACUCCUCUUAUUGAGCACAUUAAUGUUGUGAUGAAUUCGGAUCCUUCAACAGUUGAGCAGCGGGCUUCUGAGGUGCGUCCAGGUGGAGAUAUGUGGAUUGAUUUUCAAAGUUUUGUUGUGCUAGAGUGUUAUGUUCGCGGCCUUGCCAAGUUCCAUGUCAAGGAUGGUGAGUUCUGGAGUGGCAUUCCCGUCCAUGAACCUCGUUUGGGUUUUUAUUCUUGGCUUACUUGGAGAGGUUCUGGCUAUUGGAAGGUUGAUGAGCUCAAGGAGCAGAAGGCUAUCAUUAUAGAGAAAGUUGUGGUGGGAUCUUAG